GUGGCCUGGGAGGGCCUCCAAUGACGGCCUUUCCCCCGCCCCGCAGGAAGUAAAGUCCACUGGCCAAGGCGCCCAAAUUGGCUCUGACCUUGGGCUCCGACAAGGCUCGCUUGUGUUCACAGCCCAACUAACUGCCCGGGAAUGCAAGGUACAGUCUCGAGAACUUCCUAGUUUCUCUGUUUUUCUCUUGGCUUCAUCUGUGGAGAGGGCUCUGGCUGAACAGCACAUAGUAGGAGCCUGAGGCUAAGGCGUCAUGCCGAGAAGGGAGGGGAAGGCCCGUACCUACGCACAAGCCCCAGAUGGAGGCUGGGGAUGGAUGGUCGUGCUCCACUUCUUCCUGGUAAAUGUGAUUGUGAUGGGGAUGACCAAGACAUUUGCAAUUUUCUUUGUGAUUUUUCAAGAAGAGUUUGAAAGCACCUCAAAGCAAACUGGUUGGAUUGGAUCCAUCAUGUCCUCACUUCGUUUCUCUGCAGGCCCUCUGGCUGCCAUUAUCUGUGACAUCACUGGAGAGAGAACUGCCUCCCUUCUUGGGGCGCUCCUCUUCACUGGCGGAUAUCUAAUCAGUAGCUGGGCUACAAGCAUUUCCUUUCUCUGUGUGACUAUGGGAUUUUUACCUGGUCUGGGUUCCGCUUUCUUGUAUCAAGCAGCUGCUGUGGAAAUUACGAAAUACUUCAAAAAACGCCUGGCUCUUUCCACAGCUAUUGCUCGUUCUGGGAUGGGAUUCACAUUUCUCCUAGCACCUUUUACAAAAUUCCUGGUAGAUCUGUAUGAUUGGACAGGUGCCCUUAUAUUAUUUGGAGCCAUCACACUGAAUCUGGUGCCUUCCAGUAUGCUACUAAGGCCUAUCUAUAUCAAAAGCAAGAGCAUUCCUGAUGUUAAAGAGAGAGGUGGCAGCAUGAUUGCAAGUUCUCCAGAUGCUGCGUCUGAGCCAGAAAUAUCACAAGUCAAUGAGACACAUGCAUCGACCACUGGGGACACAGCAGUGUACGAGGCCAGAGAGCCCAGGACAAGUUUAAUGGUCUCACAAAACCAAAGAAGAGAGUUUAACAGUGCGCCUAACAGAAAUGCAGGACUGCACCUAACAACUAAUGAAAGUGACAAGGUCACUUCAGGGUGCUGUAAACAAAACCUCUUUGACAUGUCUGUUUUAAAGAAUCCUUUCUUCUACAUAUAUACCUGGUCUUUUCUCCUCAGUCAGCUUGCGUACUUCAUCCCUACCUUUCACCUGGUUGCCAGAGCCAAAACACUGGGAAUUGACAUCAUGGAUGCCUCCUACCUUGUAUCUGCAGCUGGUAUCAUUGAGACAGUCAGUCAGAUUAUCUCUGGAUGGAUUGCUGAUCAAAACUGGAUCAAGAAGUACCACUACCAUAAGACUUACCUUAUCCUCUGUGGUAUCACUAACCUGCUGGCACCCUUAGCCACCACAUUUCCACUCCUUAUGACCUACACCAUCUUCUUUGCCAUUUUUUCUGGUGGCUACAUGGCACUGAUACUUCCUGUACUGGUUGAUCUGUCUGGGAUUUCUAAAGUACACAGCUUUCUGGGACUUGCAGCCUUCUUUGCUGGGAUGGGUGUCCUUUCUGGACCACCUUUGGCAGGUUGGUUAUAUGAUUAUACCCAGACAUAUACUGGUUCCUUCUACUUUUCUGGCACCUGCUAUGUACUUUCUUCAGUUUCCUUUUUCUUUGUACCAUUGGUUGAGAGAUGGAAAAACAGAGUCUGAUCAGAAAGAAAGAAGACUGCAAACAAAUGAGCUUUAAAAAUGGAAAUUCAAGUUACUGGAGGCAAAAGCUUAAAAGAAAAUGUCCCCACUUGCAAGAUAACAAUGUGAACUGAUGGAUGGCUUUUCAGGUUCAUCUUUUUUUUUUUGCUUCAGCAUUCUGAGGAAAGUCUACAUUACAGUAAGAAAAACAGUAAGAAAAAGUAAUAGCAAUUAAGCUACUUUUUAGUAUUUAAUCGACUAGGAUUAAAAUUUUGUGUUUAUAAAUCAGUUGAAACAGCUACUUUACAUAUGAAACAAAAAUUAGAUGGAGUUAAUAAAUUAGGUUCAGGGAUAUAACUCAAAGGGCUCAAGCACAUGUUUGCAUGUGCCAGUUUGAUCCCCGGCACCACGUGGCCCCCUGAGCACAGGAGUGACUCCUGCUGUAGCCCCCAGAGCACCAGCAGGAAUCCCC